AGCAGAAAGACCCAAGGAACAGAAUCAAAACAAAAUCAGGAAACAUGUCUGAUGUUAAUAUAAGUCUCCAGUGCGCGGAAUGCUACCAUCGUCGAGGAGUCCUUUACUACGCAAAUCCUUUGGCCUGGGGACGUCCUUGCCGCCGAUGCCGCAGAAUGAUGUCCAGAAAUGUUGUGGUAGUGCCAACUCAGAUGGGAGUUCCAAUUGCCACCAAUAACACCGCCAACAUAAUUACCACAACCACUUUUGUACCAGUCACUGUGUCCACCUAUUAAAGUUUAAUAAAAACCACUA